GCUGCGUCCCUGCAGGGCGUGGUGAGCAGACAUUUCCCCGGCGGGAGGGAGCGCUGCUGAGCCGGGUCCGCGGAGCUGCACGGCUGAGCGCAGAGGCCGGCUGGCUGCAGCUCCCGGGGCGCCUUCAGGGAAGAGCUGGCUACGCGGAGAGGAAUCCCCUCGGAGGACAAAGGGUCAACUCCAACCUCGAUGUGGUCUCGGGCCUUCUCUUCCCUUGAAGGUUAAAAUGUGGAAUGACAGAGCUGAAGUCUUUGUCUUCCCAGAUCUGCUCAGCUGCACCCUCUUUAGAACCAGAGGGUCGACUUUUUAACAAAACGUUAGGUAGUGUUGUUCAGGAAGCACCGGCGCUCCAAAGAGCCUGUGGACCAUCACCAUGAGAAGUAAAGAAGGACUCAUCCUGCUCAGAAUCCUGUUCAUCCUGGUUGUCCUCUGCAACACGGGUUCUGGCCUGCUGUGUUACAGGUGUCUUGACCCGGUUUCCUACUGCAAUACAACCGCCACCUGUUCACUGCUCUUUGAUACCUGUGCCAUUGUUGUCGCCGGGCCACGAAUCUAUCACCUUUGCUGGAAGUAUACGGAUUGCAAUUUUGAAUUCUUUUCGAAAAAAUUAGAAGAGAAGGAGCUAAAAUUCAGAUGCUGCCAGACGGACCUGUGUAACCGGGAACUCACAGAGACAGAAAAAGAGAAAGAGAAAGAAAAAGGUGGGACGGUCACCUUAUCAGGGAAAACUCUCUUGCCGGUGAUGCUGGUUCUGGUCACAUCCUGGAACAGUUUUCCCUGAUUCAACAUCAGGAAGCAAUUCUCCAGGCUGUCCCCUUCUAUAUCUUUCCCAUUUCCUGGCUGCUACACUCUAAAGCCUUUACUCUUUGUCACCUGGAUUCUGCUGGGAAAGAAUAAAAUUAUCUGGAACACUUUGGAUGAAAAAGAGGACUCCAAGAGACUUGGAAGACCAGUCUUGUGCUCAGGGAAGGUACACUUGAGAGAGAAGUCCGCGUGAAGCAUGUGUGACUUCAGUAGGUGAUAGGCUUCUCCCUCUGCUCUUGGGAGAACCAGUUUUGAAACAGGGAUGACUGAAGUGGUUUCUUAGCAACCCUUAGGUAUUUCCCUCUGGUUCCUUGGAUAGAGUUAAAUAGUAUGAGCAGUAUUUUGCGGGGGACAGGGAGAUUCUUUUGAAGACUCUCCAUCCCAUGAAAUGCUUUUGUAAAACUCCCGGCUCUUGUGUUGCCUUGUAGACAUGCAGAAUAUUCUAGAUGUGGACUAUCAGUAAGAAGCAAUGAGACUUUUUUUUUUAUUGUAAACAAAUGGGAUACAUGUCGUUUCUCUGGUUGUACAUGAAGAAAAGGCAUACCAUUUGUGUAAUCAUACAUUUACAUAGGGUGAUGGUGUUUGAUUCAUUCUGUUAUUUUUUCCUCCCCCCCAACAGGCUUUUUUUUCCUUUCUUUAUUUUUUUCUGUUAGGGACUAAUCCAGGGGCCUCUCACAUGUUAGGCAAGUGCUCUACCACUGAGCUACACCCCCUGCCAGAGCUAUGAGGUUCUUAAUGCAGAAAGAUCAGGAUCACCGCUCUGUUCUCAACUAGAAGACAUAUGUCAAGGACCCGGUAAGAUUCCUACGUGGCAGGGUUAAUAGGUACAGCAUGUGUCUUCAGAGAGGAUUUGGGAAUUUGAGUUUUCCCAUGUCUCUAACUUUUUUGUAGACAUUGUUGUCUUCUACUAGAAGAAUUUAAUUGCUUUAAUUAAUUAGUGUUAAAGCUGUAUUCCCCCUCUUGGAAAAUUAGGAUAUCUUGACUUUGCCACACGUAAUUUAAGAAUAAACAUUCUAUGCCAUAGAUGGCUGGGA